AUGAACGGGACGGGCCGGGCGGACGGGAGCGCCGGGGAAGCGCUGCCGGCCGGGGCUCGCCCGCUGGUCAGCGCCCUCAUGUUCUCGGCCGGGCUGCUGGGGAACCUGCUGGCGCUGGCGCUGCUGCUGCGGGGCCGCCGCGGGGCUCGGCAGCGCCCGCCCGCGCUGUUCCACGUCCUGGUGCUGGCGCUGGUGGUCACCGACCUGCUGGGCACCUGCUCCGUCAGCCCCUUGGUGCUGGCCUCCUACCACCGAAACCUCACCCUGACCAGCCUGGCCCGCGGAGGGCACAUCUGCCUCUACUUCGGCUUCGCCAUGAGCUUCUUCGGCCUCGCCACCAUGCUCAUCCUCUUCACCAUGGCGCUGGAGCGCUGCCUGGCCCUGGGGCGCCCCUACUUCUACGAGCGCUUCCUGAGCCCCCGCACGGGCUUGGUGGCCCUGCCGGCCAUCUACACCUUCUCGGCCGCCCUGUGCUCGCUGCCGCUGCUGGGCUUCGGGCGCUACGUGCAGUACUGCCCCGGCACCUGGUGCUUCAUCCAGAUGCACCUGGAGCCGCACCGCGGGCUGGACGUGGCCUUCUCGCUGCUGUACGCCACGCUGCUGCUGCUGCUGAUCGUGGCCGUGCUGCUGUGCAACCUGAGCGUGAUGGCCAACCUGGCCCGCAUGCACCGCCGCGGGCAGAGGAGCCGCAGGGUGGCCGCCCCCGAGCAGCCCCGAGGGGCCGCGGGCUGCGGGCGGAGAAUGUUCUCCAUGGCCGAGGAGAUCGACCACCUGCUGCUGCUCUCCAUCAUGACCAUCACCUUCGUCAUCUGCUCCCUGCCCUUCACGAUCCGCGCCUACGUCAACAAGCUCAGCGAGGCGGAGGGUGACCACGGCUGGGACCUGCUGGCCCUGCGUUUCCUGUCCAUCAACCCCAUCGUGGACCCGUGGGUGUUUGCCAUCCUGCGGCCGCCCGUGCUGCGCCUCAUGCGCUCCGUGCUCUGCUGCCAGCUCAGCCCCGCGGCCCCCGCCGUGUCCCCUGCUGUCACGAAGCUGCCAGCACGGCCACACCUCUGUGGGCAGUAGGUCCGGGGGGGAUGCAGCCUCCUGAUGGGCAGUUCUGGGCCCCUCAGUGUGGGAAAGGGUGUGGAGACGCUGGGGAGUGGCCGGAGGGAGUGAGGCUGGAGAGGGGUUGGAACACAAACCCUGUGAGGAAGCCCUGAGGGAGCUGGGGGUGCUCAGCCUGGAGAAAAGGAGACUCAGGGGUGCCCUCAUCACUCUGCACAGCUCCUGAAAGGUGCCUGUGCCCAGCUGGGGCUGGGCUCUUUCUCCAGGCAGCACUGACACAACCAAAGGACACAGUCUGAAGCUGUGCCAAUGGAAAUUUAAGUUGGAUAUGAGGAAAAAGUUUUUUUACAGAAAGAGUGACAAAGUUCUGGAAUGGCUGCCCAGGGAGGUGGUGCAGUCCCCAUCCCUGGGUGUGUUUAACAAAGCCUGGAUGUGGCACUGGGUGCCAGGGCUGAGUUGGGCUGUUGGGGCUGGGUUGGGCUCCAUGAUCCUGAAGGUCUCUCCC